AUGGUGUGUUAUGGUCCUCCCUCUGCUGGACCUGUCGUACCUUCUUCGCAGCCGCUGGACGACGAAGACGGCUUCGCUCGCGCAAGGUUUGCGUUCAACUCAGCCUGCAAGCAUAACACCGUCUUUGCGUCGGAUGGAUCCGAAGCAGAUCUUGACGUGGCGAUAGACCUUCUUCGCCGAGCCAUGGCUUUAUUCGCGCACCAUCCCAACGACCGGCUCUACGUACUCGUCAAUUUAGGCAACUCGCUCCAUCAUCGAUAUAGGCUAUCAAAGAAAUUGGCCGAUGCGGAAGAAGCGGUGGAUAUAUUCCGGCACGCGCUUAUCGAGUGUUCCGCAGACCAUCCUUUAAGACGUUACGUUGUCGACUCGUUCGAUUGCACGUCCAUGGACCUCUGUUUGUGGAUGACGCAUAUGUUUCACUAUCAACAGGGAAAGAAUCUCGAUUUCUUGGAGGAAGCCACUGCCAUCGCUAGGGAGACUCUCGGCAUCAUGUCCGGUGUGAGCGACGACCCGGAUGGACGCCCUCGUUGGCUGUCGCGCCUGGUCCUCAUGCGUCUGGUGAAAUUCGGCCAUACGGGUGAUCCCAGGAUAAUCGACGAGGCAAUGGAUCUGUCCCGCGAGGCUAUAUCGCUGACCCCAGUAGGCCACCCUCGUCGCGCGUUUGUGCUGACGACGUUCGCAUCAACGAUCAGCUACGAGCUCGAAACCAGGGGAUCACCACCAACGCUUGUCGACAUACCGACGCUGGAUCAUGCAACCUUCUUGUUGGAGGAGGCCCUUACGUAUCGUCCGAAGGGGCACGAAGACAGAGGUGAUGUGCUCACCUUCUUGGCGGAUAUGGUGAAGUAUCGUGCACAGAUCACGCCCAGUGUUCAAGCACGAGAAAACCUUCUGGCUCUCAGGAAGGAGACCCUCGAUGAAUGUCCUCCUGGUCAUUUUCAGCGACACCAGGCUUUGUACGCCCUUGCUGAAGAGCUUAUCGAACCUUCGCCUUAUCCCCCUUCGCCAGAAGACUUGGAGCUUGCCGCGAGUUGUUCCACGGAAGCAUGGGAGAUGAUGAAAGACGGACACCCGGCUCGAUUCAUGGCCAGUUACUGCCUGUCUUACGUUCACCUACAUAAAGGCGAAUACGGGGCUGCCAUCGAUUGCCUUUCCCGCAUGAUAGAGGAUAAUUUGGGAAACGUCAAAGACCGGAUGGCGCAUGCCCUGAUUCUGGUAUCGGAACUGCAGAGGCACUUGGCCUUCGGAGAGGCCAAAUUCACGCCAGACGCCAUCGAUGGUCUACUCCAGGUUUACAGCUCACUGCUUCAAUUACCACCCCGGAUGGCUUUCAGAUCGCUCAAUAUCCAAUCUCGGCUCCGACAGGUGACCACCUGGGAAACCUUAGCGCGGGACGCUGCGCUCACCGCGCUUCGGGUCGGCAAACCUGAGCUCGCCAUAGAAUACCUUGAACAAGGGCGAGCGAGCUUCUGGUCCCAGAGCUUGCACCUUCGAGAGGACUUCGACCAGCUGCCGGACCACCUAUCACAAGAGCUGGUAACACUAUCGCGGGCAUUGGAGGAGGGAAGCUUUGGUCCCGAUCAGCCAGAGCUAUCGAUGGAAAGGGUCAGCGAGCGAUUUGACGCCCUGGUCGAGGAAGCCCGGAAGUUACCUGGUCUUACUCGGUUCCUCAUGAGCGACACUUAUCCAGAGCUUGCUCGGACAGCCAAUUCCUCUAAUGCGCACGUUGUCGUGCUCUUACCAGGAGAGCAGAACAUUUGUCAUGCCAUCAUUAUUGGUCGAGAUGGCGCCUGCACAUGGGUGCCUUUACCUGGACUGACACCCCAAGAGCUCGGCAAGUACGCCGUGUCGAUGAAGCAUGCAAGUCUCUCGUAUAGGAGGGAGAUGCCCCAGCGCGAUGGUCAACUUCGUCUGAUGAUGGUGAAGAAGAGCAGGAGACCUCCUGAAAGCGGGAACGUCGUUCUGACGGAGCUAUGGCAUUCCGUCGUGAAGCCUGUCGUAACGGCGUUGAAUCUCCGUAAAUCCGCAGGACGCGAUCGGCCUAGAGUUAUUUGGGUUCCGACUGGUCCCUUCGCAUUCGUUCCGGUUCACGCGGCCGGGGUCUACGCGGAAGACGAGCGUCAUUGCUGCAGCGAUUACUUCGUGUCCUCGUACGCUCCUACUCUAAGCGCUCUUCGGAAUGCUCAGAAGAAGUUGAGGCCCAUCCAGCGAAGCACGUCUAAGAUUCUGCUUGCCGCCGCCCCGUCGCCGUACGAUCCGGAAUGGCAGUUUUUGCCGUUCACGAAGCAGGAACUCGCUGACAUUGAUGCGGUCGUGCCAGAUGAGGCAUUCCUGACUCUGCCGCGCGAGGAUGACGCGAGUCAUGGAGACGACUGCGGAGCGCGAGUGCCGACGAUACUGCGCGAACUCCCGAACGCGACCAUCCUCCACUUGGCAUGCCACGGGUACCAGGACCCGAAGAAUCCUCUGGCCAGCGGCUUCCUGUUACGCGACGAGAUGCUCACCAUAGCCAAACUGAUGCCGAUUUCCCUCCCGAACGCCUUCCUCGCCUUUCUCAGUGCUUGCGAGACGGCGAAGGGCGAUACCAACCAGCCAGAUCAAACCGUUCAUCUUGCAGCUGCGAUGUUGUUCGCCGGUUUCAAGAGCGUGAUCGCUACUCUUUGGUCGAUGGGCGAUAUGGACGGACCUUUGGUAGCGCGCACUGUAUAUGAAGAGCUCUUCCGAGGCGACUCGGAGCACCUGGACCCGCGCAUUGUGCCCUAUGCCCUUGAUGCUGCAGUGCAAAAGCUACGAGAUAUCGACCCUAAUCCGAGUCGAUGGGCGCCAUACAUCCAUAUAGGGUGUUGA